GUAUUCCACACUCGACCUAGAAGUUAAACCAACUUAGCUUGGCAUCGAUCAAAUUCAAUCGUCCAUUGAAUUUGAUACGAUCGGUCGCGUCUUCCUUUUCCGAUCCUCACUGUACCGUCCGCAAGGAUUAACCACACACGCACACCGCAAAGGAUUACCUACGCAUCCGGGAUUACCGCAACUGCCGUUUGUAGCAGUCCGAAAGUGUACACCAUGAGAAGUGCACUGUUCGUUUUGGCGCUUUGCGCUGUGGCCGCGGCCACCGCAUCGGCCGAAUCUCACGAGCGCAAGGCUCGUGCCGCCGAGGGAUACUUCUACCCCACGCCCAAGGUGCCGUUCGAUCUGCCCCCCCGCACCCAGCCACCACCCACGAGGCCGCCCACGCAGCCACCCACCAGGCCACCCACCCGGCCGCCCACUCGCCCGCCCACGCGGCCACCGCCCACGUACCUGCCACCCACCAACAAGCCACCGCCACCGGUGACCACCCGGGUGCCACCACCACCACCACCGCCGAGGACUCCUCCCCCGACGAGGCCACCAACCAGGCCCCCAACCACCCGUCCCCCGGCAACCUAUCUGCCACCCACCAACAAGCCACCACCACCGGUGACCACCCGCGUGCCUCCUCCACCACCACCACCAAGGACUCCUCCUCCAACGAGGCCACCAACCCGUCCACCAACCACUCGCCCACCAGCAACUUACCUGCCACCCACCAACAAGCCACCACCACCAGUGACCACUCGGGUGCCACCACCACCACCACCACCAAGGACUCCUCCUCCAACCAGGCCACCAACUAGGCCCCCAACCACCCGGCCACCAGCAACCUACUUGCCACCCACCAACAAGCCACCACCACCGGUGACCACCCGUGUGCCUCCACCACCACCACCACCAAGGACCCCACCACCAACUCGUCCACCAACCCGUCCACCACCACCACCAACUCGUCCACCAACCAGGCCGCCACCACCACCAACCCGCGCCUCCACUCCGGCUCCCACUUACCUGCCACCCACCAACAAGCCACCACCACCAGCAACCACCCGUGCCACCACUCGGGCUCCAGUGCGCACCACUCCCCGGCCAACUCUGCCACCCACUCGUCCUCCGACCAGGCCGCCAACCACCUACCUGCCGCCCGUGACCGUGCGCACCACCCGCCCGCCACCACCACCGACUCGUCCACCAACUCGUCCCCCAACCCAGCCACCCACCACUCGUCGUCUGACCACCCCGGCUCCCACUUACCUGCCACCCACCAACAAGCCACCACCACCGGCAACCACUCGUGCCACCACCCGGGCUCCAGUGCGCACCACUCCCCGCCCCACUCUGCCACCCACCAGGCCACCAACUCGUCCACCAACCACUUACUUGCCGCCCGUGACUGUGCGCACCACCCGCCCACCUCCACCACCCACUCGUCCCCCGACUAGGCCACCAACCACCUAUCUGCCCCCCGUGACCGUGCGCACCACCCGUGCCACUCCACCACCAACCCGCCCACCAACCAGGCCACCACCACCACCGACCCGUGCGUCGACCCCGGCUCCCACUUACCUGCCACCCACCAACAAGCCUCCACCACCGGCCACCACUCGCGCCACCACCCGUGCUCCCGUUCGCACCACUCCUCGCCCCACUCCUCCACCCACUAGGCCCCCAACCAGGCCACCAACCAGGCCACCAACCACUUACUUGCCGCCCGUGACUGUGCGCACCACUCGCCCACCACCACCACCCACUCGUCCCCCGACUAGGCCACCAACCACCUAUCUGCCCCCCGUGACUGUGCGCACCACCCGUGCCACUCCACCACCAACCCGCCCACCAACUAGGCCACCACCACCACCGACCCGUGCGUCGACCCCGGCUCCCACUUACUUGCCACCCACCAACAAGCCUCCACCACCGGCAACCACCCGGGCCACCACUCGUGCCCCAGUGCGCACCACCCCCCGGCCAACUCUGCCACCCACCAGGCCACCAACUCGCCCACCAACCACCUACUUGCCGCCUGUGACGGUGCGCACCACCCGCCCACCUCCACCACCCACUCGUCCCCCGACUAGGCCACCAACCACCUACCUGCCCCCUGUUACCACCACCCGUGCCACCCCACCACCAACUCGCCCACCCACUCGUCCCCCAACCCAGCCACCGACUACUCGUCGCCUAACCACCCCGGCUCCUACUUACCUGCCACCCACCAACAAGCCACCACCACCGGCCACCACUCGUGCCACCACCCGUGCCCCAGUGCGCACCACUCCCCGCCCCACUCUGCCACCCACGAGGCCACCAACUCGUCCACCAACUCGUCCACCAACUCGCCCACCAACCACCUACUUGCCACCCCCAACCGUGCGCACCACCCGUCCUCCUCCACCACCCACUCGUCCCCCGACCCGCCCACCACCCACCUACCUUCCCCCCGUGACGGUCCGCACCACCCGUCCUCCUCCACCACCCACCCGGCCACCAACCCCACCACCCACCCGCAAGACGACCGUGUACGUGCCACCACCCACUGUGCGCACCACCCAGUACGUGCCACCACCCACCGUGCGCACCACCGUGUACGUGCCACCCCCACCCACCAAGCACCAGGGCUACUCGUACCCCGUGCCCGCCAUCCCCUUCAACUUCUAGACGCGCGAUCUAGAUCUAGAACCGAUUAGGGAUAGGGCCUUCGUCUAGGGCUAGAUUGAUCUAGUCAAAACUCGUACAGUCUAACGUUGCACGAAUCGCCGCCAGCGGUGCUAGAGGGCGCCACUGUUUGUUUUUAUUUUAUUUUUGUAAUUAAUGAAUAAUGAAUUAUGAUGAAUCGCAUACUCAUACAGCUAGGGAUCCUUGUCUCUCUGAGUGCCCCAAUUGUACAGCUAACAGUCUAUCCAACCCGCUAUAUACUAUGUUCUAUUAUCUAUGUUCUAUGUUCUAUGUACUAUGUCCUAUGUCCUAUGUUCUAUGACUAUGACUAUGUUCUAUGCCACGAUCGAUGGGCGGCCGUCGUCUGUGACGGUCGCCAGCUCAAGACUAUAUAGCUCUAUAUUACGAUUAAAUAAACCUUUUAUUCGGAUCGCUGAAACCUGAACAAUAAAAUAAGUUUUUCGAAUAUUUA